AUGGUGUCACGAAGCCUCGUCCCCUCGUGCAGCGCGCAACGUGCUGUGCGCCAGGCUCUUACCCAGGCUCCUCGGCCUAGCCCGCGUUCCUCGAUCGCAGCGUUCAGAAUCACAGCGUCACAAGUACAGUCUCCUCUGCAAGCCUCUAUUCGAGACCGCCGGCUCUUCCAUAUAAUCCCUAGUAGGAGAAAGGACCAACAGCCGCCCGCGCAACCUCCCCCAACCGAUUUUGGCGAACUCGACGUGCUCGGCAACACUCCAGCCCCUUCAACCUCGGUCGACGUGUGCAUGUACGAUGGUUUUGGGCUCAACAGUGGCAUUACGAUUACGGGCGGCAAUGGUGUUCUGUUGAUCGAUGGAGAAGUGUUCAAGUGGCGCCCAUGGGAGGCCAAGGGCUCCAUGAACCUCGUCAACAAGAAAGGACAAUUCGAGCUCCCACCCAAUGCAUUUGCGCUCUUUGACCUUCUAUACCCUCGACCUGAUCUUCUGAUUAUUGGAGUCGGCCCAUCAAUCAUGCCAUUAGCUCCCGACACGAGACGAGUCAUAUCUGAGCUCGGCAUGCGAAUCGAAAUCCUAGACACAAGGAAUGCGGCAGCGCAGUUUAACCUGCUGGCUACAGAGCGAGGUGUAUCAAACGUGGCGGCUGCUUUAAUACCAAUUGGAUGGCAGGACGGAGUUGGAGCGAAAUAA